GAUAGAAGUUUUAAUUAUACAGCCAGUUCAUGUUGCAUACCAAGUCAGAAUUCCACUAUGGGCGAUGUGAAUGUGAUCAGAGAAAGCUAGCUCACAACAACAUGGAAUUUUCUCAAACUUUAUAUGCACGUUUUUGUAACAUGUAAAGAAACCUUUACCACGUAAAUGAAGCCAGCCAGCAUCAAGAGUAUUCACGUGCAAAGAAAGAAAAGUUGUUGUUUCUCAUUGGUACCCAUAUUCCGGUUGAUAAGAUGGAGCCUAAGGUCACCGAGCCGAGAAACAGGCCCCCUCGAUGUAUCAAAUGGUUAAAAAAGUAUUUCUGGGAAGGUCAGUCAUUGAGCAUGAGACAUGAAACAGCACUGAGAGAGAGUCUGAAUGACUACACUCCAUGGUACAAAGUUGUCCUGGUCAAACAUCGUCGUGUUGUGGGUCUUCUUUUACCCGCCUUGUUCUUCCACUUUUUCUGGUGGGGAAUCUUCAUCAAGUACGAUCUUUGGCAUCUGUUUCUAGACAAGUACUACAUGAGUAUUACCAUGAUAUUCGGCUCCAUGAUUGCAGGAAUGACAAGCGAAGGAGGAGGUGCUGUAGCUUAUCCCGUCAUGACCUUGGCAUUCAACAUCAAACCAAGUGUAGCACGUGACUUCUCGCUCAUGAUUCAGUCAUGUGGGAUGUCGGCUGCUGCAAUCACUAUCUUCUUUAUGAAAGUUCGUCUUGAGUACGCAUCGUUAAUCUUCUGUUCUCUGGGAGGAGUGGCUGGUAUGAUUUUUGGUUUACACGUCAUAGACCCAGUCCUCACUCCGCCAUACAAGAAAAUGUGUUUUGUCUGCAUCUGGUUCACUUUUGCGUUCGCUCUUUUUCUCCUCAACCGAUACAGAAAACGAACAACGUACAAAACCAUCCCUGACUUCAAAAUCUGGAAGGGAAUUGUCCUCUUUCUCACUGGCUUCGUUGGUGGAAUAUUUUCUUCAUUCGCCGGAAGUGGUUUGGAUAUCUGUAGCUUCAGCGUGUUGACGUUACUUUUCCGCGUGACAGAGAAAACAGCCACGCCUACGUCAGUCAUCUUAAUGGCGGGAAACACACUGGUUGGUUUCUACUGGAGACACGUGAUGAUGGAUGGGGGGAUCUCUAAGGAAGCCUGGGAAUUCAUGGGUGUAUGUGUACCCAUCGUGGUGUUUGGUGCCCCCUUGGGUUCUGUUAUUGGUACCCAUUUCCAUCGCUUGGUCCUUGCUGCUCUCAUUUAUAUCAUCGAUACAGUGGCCUUGGUAAGCGCGUUUUGCCUGGUCCCUCUUACACCCUGGUUGAUUGGCACUUCAGUCGGCAUUAUUGUGUUUGGGUUCAUAUUCUUUUUCAUUAUUACUAAAGUUGGUGAACGCCUCAUGAUGAAUAUCAAUAAGAGGAGGACUGGGAACGAGGAACUAGAGUCUUGUGAGGAGCCUGACAUCUAUGAAAACAAACUAGAUUCCAGGCCUAAUAACGUACUCAAUGAACAAGCCCUUCACAUGAGUCCUGGUAAUGAAGAUCAAGCUGCAAGACAGUCACAGAUCGAAGAUACAUCGUUCUAGUCUCAGCCCAAUGCUACAAGACACGAUCAUAGAUUUAUGAGCAAGCUAAUUGUUUACUGUAAUUCCGCGUGACGCUCCAGAAUAGACCUCACUGGGAUGUUGUCUACUGCUGGGUCUUGGCACGUGGCCAAACACGACAACCGAAAACGACAACCAAUCAUCCAAUUGUAACCGAAGAUAGUUGUUAAAUAUUACUGGUAAUAGAAAGUAAAAUUUUUGUAAUAAAAUGUUCUUAAAUAAUUAGAAAACAACACUGUCUGUAAAGACGGUUAAGCGGAUGCUUGCUUCUGAGGACGAGCAAGUGUAUGGAUGUUAAACCCGCAAUAGACUUCUAGGAAAGUCGUUAGUUUUAUCGCGUCCACUGUUAAUAAGAAAUAAAUAGAAGCAGGCAGGUAUACUUGGCAGCUGUCACGGCCCUCGUGCUCUAUGCCACAUAAAGAAACCUCGUGCUGUAGCGAGUACAGUUUUUUUCGUACAUCCCCGUGCGUGUUUUUAAAGGUAAAAUAAGCGGUGAUAGUAAAUAAUUAGCAGAAAUAUCGCUAUAUUCUUGUGAUAUUGAAUCAUGUUUACUUUGAUCAUGUGAUUCGUUGUUUAUGAUACCUGCAAGAGACCAUGAAGGACCUGAACUUUAUUACACUUGAUACCUGAUGAUUUCCAGAUGACAGAAGACGGAUGACAAAAAGAAAAGAGAAAAAAGAAAAAAACAUUUCACGGGGAAGCAUAAACGCGUGGGUCUUCAAAGACAGUGCACGGUGUCACAAAGUUCACUCAAAGGUGUUAGUAAGCAGUUGGUUUUAUCAUAUCGUCAUGACUACCAAUUGACCGGCGACCUUAAAUAGAAAAACAAACGCGCAAACGUCGAAAUAGCAACAAUAAAAAUUGAAAUGUAAAUUUUGAAUGCACAAAACAUAAAACAUGCAUGCGGUGUUGAGAUACAGUUUCGUAGACAUUAGUAAUUCGCUUUAGCACAGUUUCCAUAAAUCCUUGAUAAAAAGUUGUUUUUCUUCUA